AUGACUCCAAGCACAGCACAAUCACAGCCAGCAUUAUGUCUAAAGAUUUAUAAAUUGAUCGAUGUUAUACAGAUUUAUUUUGUGGAAAUUGCUUUAUUUUUCUUCUUUCUCUCGCGGCAUAUGUCCUUACCUCUGUUUCAAGAGUUUGUGGAAUCACAGAUUUAUGCUCAACAUGGUGUUCCAUUUCCAGGGUUUGGAAUAUUAAAGAAGAAUACGAGUUUGUCAGAUCCAGCAUGGGAUAAAGCACAUCAUGAAAGUGUUCUGGUGGUGCUGGGAUUGCAGAUAGCCGAAGGUUUACCAGCAAUUGUCACUGUGGUCAUUCUUGGUGCUGUCAGUGAUAAAACCGGCAGACACAAAAUUCUUCUCUGGCUUCCAGCAUUGGGUGCAUGUGUGCAUUCUUUGAUUUACAUUCUUAUCUUAUACACUCAGUGGAACAUUGAUGGAUUGUUCUUAGCUGCAGCAUUUCGAGGUUUGAGUGGAAGCAUGACAGCUUUUCUUGCAGGAGCCUCAUAUUAUGCUACCAAUUAUGUUAAACCUGAGCAAAGAUUAAACCGUCUUGCAGUUCAGGAGUUUUUAAAUGGAGGAGCAUAUGCAACUGGCAAUAUUAUGGUUGGGUUUUGGGUGAAAGACGCUGAAUUUCUUAAGCCCUUUUGGUUCACAUUAAUAUGUGGACUUAUUUCACUAUUGAUUUCCUUAUUUUUGGUGCAAGAGACUAAACCAGAUCAAAAUCAUCAAAGAUUGAGCCCAAUUGUUCGACGGCAGGGUGAAGGAAACUGUUGUGCUGAUACAUUUGGACCUCUGAUGAAGUAUAUAAGAUGUUCUGCAAGUUCUUCUCUAGCAAAGAUAUGGUUGGCCAUUAUAGUGUUUCAGGCCUACGCAUUUGUUCACAUAGGACAAAUCAAUACACUUGUUCUGUAUUUGAGUCAACAGAAAUUCCUGUUUGCAUAUGAUAACUCAGUUACAGGAGAUGGGCCGUGGGCGAAAAUUGGACUGUUUUUGGCUGUUAUCAUGGCAGUUGCUGCACUGGCAACUGGAGUGUGUAUUCCAAUCUUUCAGAAAUUUAUUUCUGACACCAACAUUAUCUUUCUGGGUUUUGCAUCAAAGGCUCUAGGAACAUUAUGGAUUGCUGUUGUCAGGAAUGAGACAGUGCUCUAUUUUGCUAUUCUGCUUCUUGCAUUUGAGCUGUUUCCUUUUCCAAUUCUGCGUGCCAAAGUGGCCAGAAAUGUAAAUUCUUCAGAACAAGGAACUGUGUUUGCAAUGAUGCACUGUGGAGAAAGUAUUACUUAUUUCCUGGCUCCAUUCAUGUUCUCAAUGAUCUAUGCGUCAACAAUGUCAUUUUACAGUGGAUUUGUUUUCAUUGUGUCCAUGCUGUUUUUAGCUGUACCGGUAAUCUUUUUACUUAUUCUUCGCUUCGUGGAAGUGAGAAGUCCUAAUGGCUAUCAGGAAAUGAAUGGUGACAGUGACUGUUCUGAAAAUGUAGUGGCCUCUGUUCCUGUCCAGGCACAGGCACAGAGUGAAUCAAUGUUGCCAUCAGAGCCAAUCAGCUUUAUUCAGAUAUCCAGGGAAACUAAUGAUGUUUAA